AUGGACUUUGCUGAUUCGCGACGGAAGCCUAAUUUCACGGGGAAGAUUGCCGUGGCUGCUGCCCUCACGGUCAUGUGCAUUAUCGUGUUGAAACAGUCCCCUAGUUUCAGCGGUACCAGCGUGUUCUCUCGCCAUGAAACUGGGGUGACCCAUGUGUUAGUAACAGGAGGAGCUGGGUAUAUUGGCUCACAUGCUACUCUUCGUCUCCUUAGUGACAACUACCGAGUUACCAUUGUGGAUAACCUAUCCAGAGGGAACAUGGGAGCUGUUAGAGUUCUUCAACGGCUAUUUCCAGAACCCGGAAGGCUUCAAUUUAUUUAUGCUGAUUUAGGCGAUGCCAAAGCUGUGAACAAAAUAUUUUCAGAGAAUGCAUUUGAUGCUGUUAUGCACUUUGCUGCUGUUGCUUAUGUUGGUGAGAGCACAAUGGAGCCACUCAGGUACUACCACAACAUAACAUCAAACACAUUGACAGUUCUUGAGGCUAUGGCAGCACAUAAUGUAAAUACUCUGAUUUACUCGAGUACUUGUGCAACCUACGGUGAACCUGAUACGAUGCCUAUUGUAGAAACAACUCCUCAGAAUCCUAUCAAUCCGUAUGGUAAGGCAAAGAAGAUGGCAGAGGACAUCAUCUUAGAUUUUACAAAAUCAAAGAAGCAAUCAAACAUGGCUGUCAUGAUCUUAAGAUACUUCAACGUGAUUGGAUCAGAUCCAGAGGGACGGCUAGGAGAAGCUCCAAGGCCAGAGCUACGUGAGCAUGGACGGAUAUCCGGUGCUUGCUUUGAUGCAGCUUUGGGAAUCAUUCCAGGGCUAAAGGUUCGUGGAACUGAUUACCCCACUGCAGAUGGAACUUGCAUCAGGGACUACAUCGAUGUCACAGAUCUUGUAGAUGCCCAUGUAAAAGCUCUUGGCAAAGCUCAGCCAGGCAAAGUUGGAAUCUACAAUGUCGGAACAGGCCAAGGUAGAUCAGUGAAUGAGUUUGUGAAAGCUUGCAUGAAGGCAACAGGAGCUUCCAUCAAGGUUGAAUAUCUUGCCCGUAGACCCGGAGAUUAUGCCGAGGUAUACAGUGAUCCAUCGAAAAUCCACAGGGACCUCAACUGGACAGCCCAAUACACUGAUCUUGGCCAAAGCCUCGCCCAGGCGUGGAAAUGGCAGAAAGCGCACCCGAACGGAUACGGAUCAGCCUGA